UUGCUGCAGAUCCAGCAAGAUGCAGGCUCCCGUGGCUCUCCUCAGCUCCCCAGCGCUGCUCCGCUGCUGCUCCAGGGCCCUGGCCAGGCCCGUGUCCGUGGCUGUGUUCAGCAGGCCUGAGGAGAGCGCGCAGGUGUCUGUGGGCGCGCAGCCCCGGCGGCAGUUCCGCAGCACCGCGCUGUCCCGGGACAUCGACACGGCCGCCAAGUUCAUCGGGGCCGGCGCCGCCACCGUGGGCGUGGCGGGCUCGGGGGCGGGGAUCGGCACCGUGUUCGGGAGCCUCAUCAUCGGCUACGCCAGGAACCCGUCGCUGAAGCAGCAGCUCUUCUCCUACGCCAUCCUGGGCUUCGCGCUCUCCGAGGCCAUGGGGCUCUUCUGCCUCAUGGUGGCCUUCCUCAUCCUCUUCGCCAUGUGACCGCGGCGCCGCUGCUCCUCCACAUAAACCACGCGUUUCUCUACGGAA